CAGACUACACAUUUUCUUUCUCACCGUAGACUUAACGUCACGUCCGCACUUGAACUUGAAUUUUAUCCCAUUGUACAGAGGCAGCCCCAGCCACAGAGAGACAGAGAGCUCCCAGAGACGCAGGACUCCGCCAUCUUCACAGUGAAAAAAAAGGCAGCAGGUCUUGUUUUAUUUGGAAGGAGGCGGCAGUCAGUGUUCUCCCAGUGUCAGACAAGGGGGGCAAGUGCAACGAGUUACAAAGGCUAAAAGUAAUUGGCAUUCCACGCACUAGUAGUGCCGGUACUAAGAGAAAAGAAGGUGUCCAUCGCAUGGCAAACUCAAGUGCGAGUGGACAUUGGAUUUUGUGUUCAGAAACAAAAGUGCAUUUUGCGUGCCAAACAUCAUAUCCACAAUUUGGGUGAAGAAAGGUACCCUGCGUACCUCAGCUCUCAAGCACUAGGCAUUGACUUUUUUAUUAUUUUUUUUUUAGAAAGGUAGAGUGCGGUAGUCUACAAGAUACUGUCAGUCACAGGCAAUUGCGAAAAGGGAUAUUUUUGCGCUUUUAUACCUGGCUAGAUUUACUGGUAAACCCUAUUGCCAGGUGGUGUGACAUUGGUUUUGGCUGGGGACAAAAGACAGUUUUCUUCACAAUUUCCAGUUCUGUUCAACAAGGAAAGACUACUGUACUUAUAAGUCACUGCCUGACACAAAGACAGUUUUCAGCUUUGAUCCAGGGACCUCUAUACAAUCUGAUUGCUCUGGUUUGCAGUCCAAGCAGUGGAGCAGUGCCAGUGUUGGGGAAGUCGCAGGAAAAGUUACUGAAGGGACAAAAAAAAAAGAAGAAACGGGGGGAAAACCAUCCGAUCCUUCAGAGUACGAGUCUCCGGGCGAUGCCAGUGUAAAUGCCAGGGCAAUGUCCCGUCGCAAGCAGGGAAAUCCACAGCACUUGUCACAACGAGAAAUAAUUACAUCCGAAGCUGACCAUGUGGAAGCAAGGAUCAACGAUGCCGAAGCUCAUACCGCAAUGGACCCGAGUCCCGUUGGUACCGGCGGUGGGGUGGGAGACCAUGACCUCCUGACCUGCGGACAGUGCCAGAUGAAUUUCCCUCUGGGGCACAUCUUGGUUUUUAUUGAGCACAAAAAAAAGCAGUGUAAUGGCCUCAUUAGUGGGCCGGGCUGUUAUGAGAAGAGCCUGGAUAGGGGCAGCCCCUCACCCCAACGCACUGAGCUCAGGAAAGUGGUGGAACCAGUAGAAAUCGGCAUCCAGGUCACACCUGAGGAGGAGGACGAAAGACUGUUGACUCCCACAAAAGGAAUUUGCCCCAAGCAAGAAAACAUCACAGCAGGUAGAGAUGAACCUUCAAGCUAUAUUUGCACAACUUGCAAGCAGCCCUUUAACAGCGCCUGGUUCCUUCUCCAGCAUGCUCAGAAUACACAUGGGAUUCGCAUCUACCUGGAGACAAAUCCCUCCAGCAGUUCCUUGACUCCAAGGAUCACCAUUCCUCCACCAAUGGGAUCUGAACCUGUACCCCAUUCCCCUCUAACCAGUUUCCUUGGAGACAGCAACCCCUUCCAUCUUCUUCGAAUGACAGGACCUGUGCUUCGGGACCCGCCAAGCUUUCUGGAAAGCCGUCUUCCGAACACUCCCCCUUUUGUCAGCCCUCCACCCCGCCAUCAUUUGGACCCACACCGCCUGGAACACCUUAGUGCCGAGGAAAUGGGCUUGAUCUCCCAACAUCCCAGUGCCUUCGAAAGAGUUAUGCGCCUGACACCAAUGGCAAUAGAGUCCCAAUCGAUGGAUUUUUCCAGACGACUCAGAGAACUUGCAGGAAACAGCAGUUCCACCCCACCCCUUUCGCCAAGCCGCACUAACCCUAUGCACCGCCUACUCAACCCAUUCCAACCUAGCCCGAAAUCACCUUUCAUGAGCACCCCUCCACUGCCACCAAUGGCCCCUAACCAUACCACAUCUCCUCAGCCCCAGUUAAAAAGUAAGUCCUGUGAAUUCUGUGGAAAGACUUUCAAGUUUCAGAGUAACCUUGUUGUACACCGGCGAAGUCACACAGGAGAAAAGCCCUAUAAGUGCCAGCUCUGUGACCAUGCCUGCUCCCAAGCCAGCAAACUGAAGAGACACAUGAAGACGCACAUGCAUAAGUCUGGCUCAAUGACAGGAAGGUCUGAUGAUGGACUAUCUACCACUAGUUCUCCUGAGCCCGGCACCAGCGAAAUCCCUGGUGAGGGGAUCAAACACAGAGAGUUCAGAAAUGAAAGUGAAGCUUCCCUGGGGCAGGACAAUGAGGAGGAAGAGGAGGAGGAGGAAGAAGAAGAGCUGGAAAAUGAGAGCAGACCUGAGUCAAACUAUAGCAUGGACUCUGAGUUCUAUCGCAAUAGGGAAAAUGGCUCUAAGCCCCCACCAGAUGAAAAGUCCUUUUCUUUAGGCAAGAUUGUGGAAAAUGUGAGUUUAAGCACUAUACAACAGUACAAUGACUUGUUGGAAGACAAUCGUAAAAGAGGCCCCUUUUCCAAAAGGUGUUCUGACGGCCAGCGAGACACAGAAGAUGCAAACUCAGUGGCAGGGGAGAUACAUCGUGUGGAAGAAAGGACUGUGAAUGGUAGAAACUUUGGAUCAGGUGACUCUUUCUCAGGUCUGUUUCCUCGAAAGCCCACCCCUAUCACAAGCCCCAGCUUGUCCAACUCAUCAGCGAAGAGAAUAAAAAUAGAGAAGGACCUGGAAUUGCCACCAGCGCCUCUGAUCCCCUCAGAGAACGUAUACUCCCAGUGGCUGGUAGGUUAUGCAGCUUCAAGGCACUUCAUUAAGGACCCGUUCCUCGGAUUCACAGACUCCAGACAAUCUCCCUUCGCCACGUCAUCCGAGCACUCGUCAGAGAAUGGCAGUCUGCGUUUCUCUACACCACCUGGAGACAUGCUAGAUGGGGGUCUCUCAGGGCGCAGCGGGACAGCGAGUGGUGGCAGCACCCCUCACCUGGGAGGUGGGCCCAGGCCAGGCAGACCCAGCUCCAAGGAGAGCCGGAGGAGCGACACCUGCGAGUACUGCGGCAAGAUCUUCAAGAACUGCAGCAACCUGACAGUCCAUCGACGCAGUCACACGGGAGAGCGACCCUACAAGUGUGAUCUGUGUAACUACGCCUGCGCCCAGAGUAGCAAGCUCACCCGCCACAUGAAGACGCACGGCCAGCUUGGACUUCCCAUGAUGUGUAGUUGAACAUUCUAAGGAGUAGCAACUUUAUCACAUAAAGAAUGCACAGCAGAAUUUGAGUUUUGAAAAAAAAUCUAUUGUCAGUAAGCACUGUCAUGCCUAGUGCACCACACUGCAUUAUUUUAAAUAAUGCGUUUUCCCAAUCCAGUCAACUUUUUGAAUUGAUGAUCAUUUACAGAAUAAUUGAAAUAAACUGUUUCUAUUAAGUUGACCCGCACUUUAUAAUUUGUUAAUACAACAACGGCUUCUGAACAAGAAAUUACAGUUAAUAGAUCUAUUUGGCCUUGUAAAAGGGUCAAAGUACAAGGGAGCAUCUGAGAUUCAAGUGUCAGUGUUGCUAAGCAUGGCAUUCACAAUACUGGCACUAUAAAAUGUAAAAUUAAUUUAUUGGGACAGUUUUUGUGCUGCCUUUCAAUUUGACGUGAGUGUGCCUUGAAUACUGAUCUUCCUAUCUGAUGUAUCUUGAUACUUUUGUGAAGCAAAAGGAUUGAGAAAAAAAAUCAAUUAAGUGACAUAAUCCUAGUUUUCAUGAAUCAGAAUAUCAGGCAAGAUGUGAUAAAAAAAAAAAAAAAAGAUUAAGUAGAAGUACCCAGCACAACUUAUAUAUAUAUUGAAUUCUUCACUUCAGGACAAGACUGCAUCCCUCAAUAGAAAUCGCCGGAGCGAAUUGUAAUACCACAGAUAGUCAAGGAAGAGACUGGACAAAAAUCAGGAACAACAGAAACUUAAAAAAGAAAUUUAGUGCACUCUCUUAAAAUACGUUUACAGUAUUGAAACAAGUACAAGGGUAAAAAAAAAAAAAAUACGUCUGUGUAUGUGUGUUUUGAACGAUCAAGUAUUUUUUUUUCUGAGUUUGCUUAUAAAGUUUCUCUGAAUGCCAUAGUGGCAAUGUGUAUCUUGUUUUUUUGGUGACGGGGUUUUAGUAAAUAUAUAUAAAUAUAUAUUACAAUUUUCUUGUUUACUGUAAAAGUAUACCAGUAUUUGUAAUAUUGGAGAAUGCCUGGGCAUUUUACAAAAACAGAAAAAAAAAGUUUUUAUUUUUUAUUUUCCAGUCAAAUUUAAAUGGUGGGUCUAUUAAAAUGUUUUUUGUCACUGUAAUUGUAGUCUUGAGUUUUAGUAAAACUUUUAUUCUGCCUUGGGUGUAAAAAAAUCCAGAAUUGUAAACAAAAUGGGGGGGGGGGGGGGGGGUGGAUGGGCAAGGUGACCAGCUAUACAAUGUAGAAAAAUCCCUAUUAGAAAAUAUUGCCUAUUGUUAUUGCUUUGCAGGAAAUUAAUCAUAUUCCUGAACUGUACUUAUUUUUCUUCUUAUGGAAUGGAUAUUCUUAAUGGCUGGUUUAAAAUACUUGUGUAGGCACUUGCUGUCUUUUUACUGGAGCUUGUAUUUUUUAAAUUGUACGCUCAUCCUUUGUGAAAAAGGUAUUCAAAGUACCUUUACUCAUUUUUGGGUAGUUAAUUGAAAAGAAAAACAAUUCUAACAUAGAUCACACAAGCUGCCAUAAUAUAUUUUUUUAAUUUGGCAGGAUAAAAUAUUGCAAAAAUAAUAAUAAUAAUAAUAAUAAUAAUAAUAAUAAUAAUAAUAAUAAUAAUAAUUUGUAUGCUUAAAUGAAUCCUAUUGUACAGAUGGGUUAAAAAGGUUGUUUGACAGCCUUUUGGCUACAAAAAAAAAUGCAAAAGUAAAUGUUUUGUUUACUAGUAUUUUGGUUGUAAAUAUUUUUUAUGAUUGCCCUGUUUUUGGUUGUGUUCUGACAGGUACUGGAAGCAACUUUUGCUUUUUGGGCCUACCCUUAACCUUUCUGGGUGUAAAAGACAGACCUGAGUUUAUAGCCACCUGCCCCAAAUACAGACCACAAAACUGGUACACUCUUCUCUAUAGUUAUUCAUCACGUCAUGAUCAACAGUCAAAACUAGUGGGCUGUGUACGUGGAUUCCAGUUAAAACAGGAAAACAAGGACCUGGGAAUUUGCUAUGCACUGUUGCAACAGUUAUUUGUACCCAUUAAGAAAUGAUGGCACUUAAUGCUUCUUAAUCUGACCAUAAUUUAAAUUCAUAUCAAUUCUCUGCAAAAAAAAAAAAAAAUGCUACAAUUUACGAUUUCUGUGCAUUAAUUUGCAGUGGCCCAAUUUGACUGUGUUUUUUAAAAUAAAAUGGUUGAUAAUUGUUAAGAGCUACUUCCUGUUGACAAUGCUUUUUGCCAGACACUGAGAAUUUAAGGACCAACAUUAAGCACAAGCAACCAGUUACUGCUGGUUGCUUGUGCCUGUUCAACUUUAUAACUGCCCUAUUGUGCUUGGGCAGGUCCUAGCAUUAGAAGCUCUCACCUCCUAGUCAGAACAAGACAACUUUGGUAUGCAGGUCUUGCCAGUCCUUUGAAUAAAAGUGCUUUGCUGCUGUUCACUCCUUAUUUGACAUUCCAUUAUUUUUUCUUAAAAUGUUUGUAUUUAAUAAUUAUACAGGGUUGGGAUGAAAAUCUGUACCUUUUGAUAUGUCCUAAUGUUCGAGGGGAGGGGAGGGGAGGGGGGGAAUAUGAGUAGGGAUGUUAUGCAUACUGUGUGUGAUGUCACUUUAUUUAAAUACAUGAACUGAUUCUAUAGGCUUGUGUUGUCUAUGAUGUCAUUUCAAGCCGCAGAUAUGUUCUGAGGCCAGUUCAGCCUAUUUUCAGUCAAUAUAGUAAACGUCAUAUGAGGACUCCAA